UAUUUAACUUAUCGAUUUAAUUUUCUUUUCUUUUUUUUUUCUUUUCUUUUAUUCACUGUUGUUCUACCAUAAACGUUACGUCACCAGCAAAAUUAUUUUCGGAGCUGCACAGGUAAUCAGAUUUGAACAUGGCGCUUUUCUUUUUCAUUACAAUCCUCUGCUCCCUGCUUCCCUCCAUCCCCUUUCUGAGUUUAAUAGUUGGAGCAGUUGACGAGUGCACUCUUUUUCCAUAUCAAACCCUUGUUGUGGGGCAAACUUUGAUAUCUCCUAACCAAGUUUUUGAAAUGGGUUUUUUCUCGCCUGGAAAAUCUUCGAAUAGAUUCAUGGGAAUAUGGUACAAGAGCACACCAGAAGUAGUAGUCUGGGUUGCAAACAGAAACCAUCCCAUCACUGCCUCACAAGCACCAGUUUUCAAGAUUUCCGGAAAUGGAAGUCUUGUGAUUAGCAGUGGCAAAAGCAUUAUAUGGCUGGCGAAUUCAUCAGUGGUGGCAUCAAAUCCAGUUUUACAGCUCCUUGAUUCGGGAAAUUUAGUUCUUGCAGAUAACACGAGCUACCUAUGGCAGAGUUUCGAUUACCCAACUGACACCAUGUUACCAGGAAUGAAGAUGGUGGAUGAUGUUGAUGCUGGUGUUGAGAGGUAUCUUACAUCAUGGAGAAGUCCGGACGAUCCAUCUCCUGGUGAAUAUGUUCACAGGAUCCAAAAUCGGGGCUUGGCUGAGGUGGUGACUCUAAGAGGGGCAACCAAAAGAUAUCGAGUGGGACAGUGGAAUGGGAUGUAUUUUUGUGGUGGCACACCCUUUCCCAAUUCCGUUUACAAACCAGAUUUGGUUUUCAAGCAAGAGAGGUUGAUAUCCAUGGGAGAACCCUUCGAGAGUUCAAUUCCAGUAAGAACUACUUUGGAUGCAUCUGGUACACUCCAUCGCCAUACCAUGAAUGUCAGACAAGGCAAGUGGAAUCAUGUCAUCGCUUUUCCUCAAGAUACGUGCGAUGAAUAUGGUAGCUGUGGCCCUAACUGUAUCUGCAGAUCUGACAGGCCAAUUAGAUGCCACUGUUUUAAAGGAUUUGCUCCCAAGUUCCAAAAGGACUGGGACCUUCAAGAUUGGUCGGGUGGAUGUACUAGGACUAAACUACUGAAUUGUGAUGGUGGAGACGGAUUUCAAGAGAUUAAAGGAGUGAAGUAUCCUGAUAUGUUGAGAUUUUGGCUAAACACAACAAUGAGCCUUGGUGAGUGCAAAGCUGAGUGCUUUAAAAACUGUAAUUGUACUGCAUAUGCUAAUCCGUUCAUCACUAAUGGAGACACUGGCUGCUUGAUGUGGUUCGGUGAUCUCAUUGAUACCAAAGGACUUUCUGCAGCAGAUAGUAAGCAGAACAUGUAUGUUCGUGUGCCAAUUUCUGAACUAGAUUUUAACAUGAGUUUGGAAGAGAAGGAGAAGAAGAAUGAAUGGCCUAUCAAGUUGAUACUCAUAUCAAUUGCUUCUGGUGUUCUCGUCUCAGCCUUUAUUAAUGCAUGUGUUUUAAUGACAGGACGAAAGAGGCCAGUAGUAGAAAGGAAUGAUGAGGACUUAGAAUUACCUGUGAUCAAAAUGGCGACUAUUGUGCAAGCCACAAAUAAUUUCUCAGCGGAAAACAUGAUUGGAGCCGGAGGUUUUGGUCGUGUUUACAAGGGGAACAUGCCAUCGGGAGAAGAAAUUGCAGUCAAAAGAUUGUCGAGAACCUCACACCAGGGUCUCGAAGAGUUCAGAAAUGAAGUUAGGGUGAUUGCAAAACUUCAACAUAGAAACCUUGUAAGACUUUUGGGCUGUUGCAUUGAAGAAGAGGAAAGGAUGCUAGUCUAUGAAUACCUGCAGAAUAAAAGCCUUGACCUUUUUGUUUUUGAUGACAGACGGAGAACACUUUUGACAUGGCCUAAGCGCUAUGAUAUUAUGAUGGGAAUUGCAAGGGGACUGCUAUAUCUCCAUCACGAUUCCAGAUUAAAGAUUAUUCAUAGGGAUCUCAAAACAAACAAUAUUUUACUAGAUGGAAAUUUAACUCCAAAAAUUUCAGAUUUCGGCUUAGCACGAAUUUUUGAAGAGGAUCAGCCUCUUGCUAGAACAAAAAGAGUAGUUGGGACAUAUGGAUAUAUGGCUCCAGAAUAUGCUAUUGAUGGGAACUUCUCAGUGAAAUCUGACAUCUUUAGUCUUGGAGUGGUUUUGCUGGAGAUUAUCAGUGGACAGAAGAACAGAGGAUAUGGAGACGCCGAUCACUAUCUUAACCUCUUGGGCCAUGCAUGGUUGCUAUGGAAAGAAAACCAGAUUCUGCAGUUGAUGGAUGAAUGUUUGAAUGAUACAUUUGUGGAGUCUCAAGUGAAGAGAUGCAUGCAAGUAGGGUUAUUAUGUGUUCAGAAAUUUGCAGAAGAUAGGCCAAACAUGUCAUCAGUGGUUUCAAUGUUAGGAACUGAUGGAGCAGUUUUGCCCGAACCAAAAGAACCUGCAUUUUUUAUGGAGAGAAGUUUCAGCCCAGUGAGCAGUAGUACAUCCCAACGUAUUGAAUCGGAGAAUGGAACUAUCAGCAUUACUGACUUGGAGGCCAGAUGAGGAGAACCCCCAAUUCGUGUGUGCAGUGUGUAUGUUUGUUAUUGUGUGUGGACGUAUUAUUUGCACCGUAUUCCAAAGGUGCGUUUGAUUCUUUAGAAUGGACAAUACUAGAAACUAGCGGUGACAGGGGGAGAGGCAGUGCCUCAGUGAGUAGAAAAGAAGUGUGUAAAGAUUGGAAUUGGAAGAGAGAGAAAUGAAGAUGAUGGCAUAUGGGCUGAUCUAUCAUCAACCAGGAUGUCUAGCUUAGGGCAGAAUGACGUCGCUCGUCAGCAUCGCCACAACUGAAGACAUGGAUUGAUCAUUGCAUAAAUUUCUGAGGCAAGAAUCAACCAGUUCCAAUGACCUUUCUUCUGUGCAAA